AUGUUUAUUUUUACUUCAUACUUUUGUUUCAUUUUAGUACCACUACGUGCAAGUUCCAUUGAUAUUCAUCCGAAUGCAACAUGGGCACAGAAUGGUAUCACUGUUGCUGGAGGAAAUGGACGAGGCAGGGAAACAAAUCAACUCUAUUGGCCAUUGGGUUUGUACGUCGACGAUGAUCAAACGAUUUAUGUCACUGAUUAUGGGAAACACCGUAUUGUGGAAUGGAAAUCUGGUGCAACGAAUGGAAAAGUAGUUGCUGGUGGAAAUAGAAAAGGAGAUGGAGCUCAUCAAUUAGUCAACCCAUUUGAUGUGAUUAUCGACAAAGAGAGCGAUAGUCUCAUCAUCAGCGAUAGAAAGAAUAACAGAGUAGUUCGAUGGCCUCGUCGAAAUGGUACUCGUGGAGAAACAAUUAUUUCGAAUAUCACUUGUUUGGGUUUGAUAAUGGACGACAAUGGUUCUCUCUAUGUCGUUGACAGUGGAAAUUAUGAAGUGAGACGAUAUGAAAUUGGUGAUACUCAAGGAACAGUAGUUGCAGGUGGCAAUGGAAAAGGAAAUCGUCUCGAUCAACUCUCUGUUCCUCGCUACGUAUUUGUCGAUCGAGAUCAUUCAGUUUAUGUGUCUGAUCGUGACAAUCAUCGUGUAAUGAAAUGGGAACAAGGUGCAAAACAAGGCAUUGUUGUAGCCGGUGGUCAAGGAGAAGGAAAUAGUCUUACACAAUUGAAUCAUCCUUAUGGAGUCGUUGUCGAUCAAUUGGGUACUGUCUAUGUGACUGAUUCUUCCAAUCAUCGAAUCAUUCGUUGGCCAAAAGGAGCCACACAAGGAAGUGUCAUUAUUGGUGGAAACGGUCAAGGAGCACAGUCGAAUCAACUCAAUGGUCCCGCAGAUUUAUCAUUCGAUCAACAUGGCAAUCUCUAUGUCGUUGAUAGGGACAAUCAUCGAGUACAAAAAUUUAAUAUCGCAUGA